AUGGAGCGGCCCGAGGAAGGCAAGCAGCCGAAUCCCUGGGGGAGGCUUCUCCGCCUGGGCGCCGAGGAGGGCGAGCCGCACAUCCUGCUGUGGAAACCGGAGUGGACCAUCGGGCGGCGGAGAGGUUGUGACCUUUCAUUCCCUGGCAAUAAGUUGGUCUCUGGAGAUCACUGUAAAAUCAUAGUGGAUGAAAAGUCUGGUCAGGUGUCACUGCAGGAUACCAGUACCAAUGGGACAGUAAUUAAUAAGCUGAAGGUUGUUAAGAAGCAGACCUGCCCUUUGCACACAGGGGAUGUCAUCUACGUGGUGUUCAGGAAGAAUGAGCCGGAACACAAUGUGGCGUACCUCUAUGAAUCUCUACAGGACAAACAAGGCAUCACACAAGAGCCUUUUGAAGCGAAUAAAGAAAAUGUGUUCCUCGUGACCAAAGAUACCUCAGGAGCCGAGAGUGGCGGUGAUGCCCUGGCCCUGUCCCCAUCACCUGCCACUCUGACGUGCUGUGAGGAGCCACAGCCAUCAACAUCGACUUCAGACCUCUUCUACACGGCCUCUACCUCGUCCAUGGAGCCUCCUUCUGUGGGACAGGAGCACCCCAGUGCAUCUGGGGGUGGGAAUGGCCUCCCCUCCCAGGGAUGUGAUCCUGCUGCAGCAGAUGAGGAAGCGUCCAACCUUGUGUCUGCACUUCCUGGCAGAGAGGAUGCACCGUCAUCUUUGUCAGAGACCAAGGGUCAGGGGGAAUGGGAGCCUGCCAGAAAGAAGAUGAAAGCAGACGGGGAGCCUGGUCUGAGCAGGUUGCUGGGAGCACAGCCAUGUGAGGAUGCCGCAUCCAACCACGAGGCUUGCCGAGCUGCAGCUGUGAAACCAGACAGGAUGGAGGAGACACUCACCUGCAUCAUCUGCCAGGAGCUGCUGCAUGACUGCGUGAGCCUGCAGCCCUGCAUGCACACCUUCUGUGCCGCCUGCUACUCAGGCUGGAUGGAGCGCUCGUCACUCUGCCCCACCUGCCGCUGCCUGGUGGAACGCAUCUGCAAGAACCACAUCCUCAACAACCUGGUGGAGGCCUACCUCACCCAGCACCCAGAUAAGGGCCGCACGGAGGAAGACAUACGGAACAUGGAUGCCAGGAACAAGAUCCCUCAGGACAUGCUGCAGCCCAAGGUCAGGAGGUCAUUCUCCGAUGAGGAGGGCAGCUCGGAGGACCUGCUGGAGCUGUCCGACGUCGACAGCGAGUCCUCAGAUACGAGUCAGCCGUCCAUCGUGUGCAGACAGUGCCCGGAAUCCAGGACGCAGUCACAGCCGCUGCCCUGCCCCGGACCUGAGAGUGAUCGGGAGGCCCCGUCCACAUCUGCCCGUCUCCCAGCAGCCCAGGAUUACGUGUGUCCAGCACAGGGGAGCCACGUUGUCUGUACCUGUUGCUUCCAGCCCAUGCCUGACCGGAGAGCAGAACGCGAGCAGAACCCCCAAGUCCCCCCACAGCAGUGUACUGCCUGCCUGCAGCCCUUCUGCCACCUGUACUGGGGCUGUGCCCGAGCCGGCUGCUUUGGCUGCCUGGCCCCACUCUGUGAGCUCAACCUUGGGGACAAGUGUCUAGACAGCGUGUUGAACAACAACAACUAUGAGUCAGACAUCCUAAAGAAUUACCUGGCAGCUAGGGCUUUCACGUGGAAGAACUUGUUGGCAGAGAGCCUGGUGGCUCUGCAGAGGGGGGUGUUCCUGCUGUCAGACUACAGGAUCACAGGAAACACAGUGCUGUGCUACUGUUGUGGCUUGCGUAGCUUCCGGGAGCUGGCCUACCAGUAUCGCCAGAACAUUCCUGCUUCUGAGCUGCCGGUGGCUGUAACAUCCCGUCCUGAUUGCUAUUGGGGUCGCAACUGCCGAACUCAGGUGAAAGCUCACCAUGCCAUGAAGUUCAAUCACAUUUGUGAACAAACACGGUUCAAGAACUAA